AUGUCUGAGUCGACCCCCCAGCUCGCUACCCCUCUAUGGAAUGCCCCGAAAAAGAGGAAGCCUAUGUCUCCUCAGAUUCUGGCAAAUAAAGCCCCAGAAGCACUUCCGCUAUUGGAACAACUACUCGCAAAAUUAUCAUCGCUGCCCAUGGAUGCUAUUCAUGCUGAGAAGAGAGAGCGCUCAGUCGUUAUUCAUGGCGUCCCUGAGGCCGAAGCUGGAUUAUCUGCUUCACUUCGACAGCAGCAUACCGAGAGGUGUGUUUCCAAGAUCCUCGACGUUCUUGACAUUGAGACGCGUCCACUUGAAGUGUUCCGAAUGGGUAAAGUUGGCCAAAAGCCCAGAUUGAUCAAGUGUGUUUUUAGUUCAAGAAAGUUCAUGUUUGAAACUCUUUCUAAAGCAAAACAAUUGCGUUCUUCUUCCGAAUUUUCUAGUGUGUUUAUGAAAUCAAUGACCCCCGAGCAGAGAGCCAUCGAUCGUGAUCUCCGCAACCGCGCCUACGAACUCAAUCGGGACGAGCACAACGGAGAACGAGUAUUUGUAGUCUACAAAGGCGAAAUUGUAAAAGCCUCCGAAAUUCAGCCCAUGAGAACUUUCUCUAGCAAAAAACUGAGUAGGGAGUAUGCUAUUGUCCGUUGCGAUAGGAGUCGGAGGGCCGGAGGUGGAGUUGCUAUGUUUAUAAGAAAAACCCUAAAUUAUUCUACUGUAAUAUCUGAGUCCGUACCCAGUGGGUAUGAAAUCUUAGCCGUGGACGUCGCUCUUCCCGACCCAUGCGUUAGAAUCGUACUAAUAUACAGGCCGCCAUCGUCCCCUCCCUCCAUCAAUGAACAACUAGGAAAAGUAGUUAGCGAUCUAGCUGCGGUAUCAAUGCCGGUCCUUGUGGUAGGUGACUUCAAUAUUCCAGAGUUCGACUGGGCGCAAUGGAACAAUAUCAGAGAUAUUUCUCAUCCACUUUUUGACACCUUCGCAACCCAUGGGUUCAAACAAUACGUUGAUCAUCCCACAAGGGGUAACAAUUUGUUGGAUCUUCUGUUUUCAAACGACGGAGAGCUAAUAAAAGAUGUAUCAGUAAAGUCACCAAUCGGCCAUAGUGACCAUUUUUGUGUUUCUUUCAAGAUUACUGGACGUAGCAUUCCCUGUACCCCUGUUUUCAAGAGGCUUUUCACCAAACUUCGUAGCAAAUCACUACUUACGGAUUUGAAACUGGAUGGUAGACUCCUGGUAAAUGAUCUUGAAAAGGCUAAUGCCUUGGCCUCAGAAUUUGACAAAGUGUUUCAGCAGGACAAUAACUGUCUUCCUCCAUACUCGCCCAAUGUAACCAAUGAAAUGUUGACAUUUCCCUACUUUGACGCGAAUGAUAUCUACAAUCUCUUGAAAAAUUGGCCCUGUUCCUCUUCCAUUACGCCAGAUCAAGUUCCUUUCGAAUUCGUCAAGAAUAUUGCUCAUGCUAUUGCCUUCCCCUUAUCGUACCUUUUCAAUCAGUCCAUU